CAUUAAGUAAAACAAUACACCGUUAUCAUGAAGCAAUUAAUCGUAAAUACAUAAGAAGUAUGGAUAAAAGUAGUAGGGCUCAGCAGUCACCACUUUUGUUUUUCUUUUUUUCCAAAUUGGGGUUGGUAUAAGAAAGACAAUUGAUGUUUGUGCGGGUGUAUGAAUUGUAGUAGUAGGUAGGCCCUUCAUUUUGAAGUGAAGUUAGAACAAAAACCUCAUGGCGCCGGCGGCCACUAGCGAGCCAAUCAGGGUGUGCCACGUGGUGGCGGUACCGUAUCCCGGCAGAGGCCACGUCAACCCCAUGAUGAAUCUGUGCAAGCUGCUCGCGAGCUCGAAGCCGGAUCUCCUCAUCACCGUCGUCCUCACGGAGGAGUGGCUCGGCUUGAUCGGCGCCGAGGAGAAGCCGCCCAGCAUCCGCUUCGCCACCAUCCCCAACGUGCUCCCGUCGGAGCAGGAGCGCGCCGCCGACAUGCCCAGCUUUGUCGGAGCGACGCAGACUAAGAUGGGGGAGCCGUUCGAGCGCCUGAUGGAGCGGCUCGUCGAGCCGGUCCAUUUUAUAAUUGCGGACACGUUCUUGUUCUGGGCGAUUGAGUUCGGGAACCGGAGGAAUAUUCCGGUGGCGUCGCUCUGGCCGAUGCCGGCUUCGGUGUUCUCGCUCUUUUACCAUUUAGACCUCCUCGAACGGAACGGCGACCACCCGUUUGACGUAUCCGAAAGAGGAGAGGAACGAAUUGAUUAUGUUCCGGGAAUCAAAUCGAUUCGCCUUAUAGACAUUCCAUCAAUCGCCUACAUGAAAGACCAACGCCUUAUUACUCUGGUCCGUCGCAUUUUCUUCAACUUAACCAACGCUCAAUACCUAUUAAUCUCUUCAAUCUACGAGCUGGAACCCCAAAUGAUGGAAGCCCUCAAACAAGAAUUCCCUUUCCCAAUAUACACUUUUGGUCCAGCUAUACCUUACCUCAAUCUUCAAAAUCUCACAUCUUUCUCCACCAACCAAAGUGACUAUUUUGCGUGGUUGAACUCUCAACCGCCGAGCUCGGUUUUGUACGUCUCGUUGGGGAGUUUCCUCUCUGUUUCCCAAGCCCAAAUGGACGAGAUCGCCGACGGCCUACGGGCGAGUGGCGUGCGGUUCCUGUGGGUGGCUCGCGGGGAGGCGAAGAGGCUGCAAGAGCGGUGCGGGGAGACCGGGAAGGUGGUGCCUUGGUGCGAGCAGCUUAAGGUGCUGUGUCACCCUUCCGUGGGGGGAUUUUGGACGCACGGUGGAUGGAACUCGACUAUGGAAUGUAUCUUUGCUGGCCUGCCCAUGAUAUGUUUUCCAAUAAUCUUGGAUCAAACUACAAUCCGGAAGCAUGUGGUUGAGGAUUGGAAGAUCGGAUUGGAUGCCAAAAAAAACCUGCAGGCACCCGGAGAUUUGCUCAAGAGCGGGGAAAUUGCUCAACUUGUGAAGAAAUUCAUGGAUUUGGAGAGCUUCGAGAGGAGAGAGAUGACAGGAAGAGCAAAGGAGUUUGGAGAGACAAUUCGAGAAGCGAUUUCAGAUGGAGGUUCGUCUAUGACCAACCUGGCUUCUUUGCUGAAUCACAUUGUGUGUCGUUUGAAAUGAGGAUUGACAUUGGUUGUGAUGGUUAAUGUUAAACAAACUUCAAUGGUUUAUUUCAGUGUGUUGUGAAUCGAUUAACUGUUUGUUGUUAUUAAGCACAAGAACAAUUGUGUGACAGUAUUAGUGGAUUAAUAAAUUGGAGUUGUACUAAGUGUUGUGUAUACUCCAAGUUUUUGGA